GUCCCUGUAAGCUGGCUGGCCCCUGGGUUCUUGGAGACGUAUCCUUCUCCUCGCCAAAAACAAACAACAAACAAACCUGCAGAUCACAUACUCAUACUAUACUCUCUGUCUGUAUGAUCAUUACAAUCGCUAUGCCAGGUAUCAUAGAUCAACAAUAGAUGCAGCCACUUUUCUGUGGCAGUCAGGAUAUCAAGCAUUUCUCCUCGCACUCUAGAUCAGUAGAUUGUGUAUUGGCAUUUUCUUGCACAGCGCUGCUUGGCGCUGCUUUCGCUAACAACAAGCAACCUAAACUAUGAGUAUGGCAUUUGCGGUGGUGCUUUCACAAACAAUAUAACCAUGACGUGUGUGGCGCUGCUUUCACUACCAACCGGCUGAUUAUGAAUCUAUCGAGAAGAACGAGGUGAUGGCCUUGCUGUAGAAGAACAUCUAUGUGAUGAAAGUCGUGAACAAAUCCGGUAUAUAUAACGUACCUGUUUAGCUGGAAGAUGGAUUACAGUGUUGAAACCAACUCUCCGGCCAGGAUCAGGAGCCCAAAUGGUAUAGUUAUCAUAGAGACCGACAACGCAUAUCUUAGUACCACGGUGUUAGUCGACCCCACCACACCUUCAGAUGAUUCUCCUAUUCCUCAUAGCGAAUUCGAAUCCGCUGAACAGGUCUUGCUACCAUCUGAAACCGAGUGCAGAGACAACGAUGAAACUCACUCUAGAGUUCAACGGUGGCUGAAUGUGGCUGCUGCGUUUGCUUUGAUUUGGAUAAGUAUAGGAACGGAGUUUUCGGACGGUAUUGUAUAUUCUCGACUACUACUACCUCCAUGCACUGAGCCCAGUCCUCAAGGGACAACUAACACAUCACAGUACCUGUAUCUGGGAAACUCUACCCAGGAAAAAGAAUUUGGCAACGCUACAGAUCCGGAGGAGGUCCAAUACAUGACGUCUACACAGUCACUAGAUUUACUGGACCAAUUAUGGUCUAUGAAUAGUUCGGAUGGUGCUUUGGACAGUCCGUACGAUAAUGUAACCCAAUCUACAGCGAAUACGUCCUCCCGAGCGAACGAGAGCAAGGCCGAAUGUGGAGGAUUUGGACAAGGAGCUGCAGCAACAGCCUGGGUGAAUUCACUCACUUCUGGUGUUCGCUCUCUAACAACCGUAUUUGCACCGCACUUCUUUGAUGCUUUUGGACUGAGGCCUAUGGUCCUCUUCUCCAGCGCUGCAUUUGCUAUAGGACUACUGUCCAGUUCGUUUGCUAACCAUCUGUACUGGGUUAACAUUGCACGAGGUGUUAUGUCAGGCGUCGGAUCAGGCUUUCUCUCUUCAACGCCUGUAUACGCCCUUUCAGUGUCCUCCGGGAACGACUAUGCGCUGAUGUCCGGAAUAGCGUACACCGCCGUGGGUUGUAGCUGUGUGUUUAACGGCUAUGUUGGCAAAGAAAUUAUCACCGCGUACAAUUGGCGAUGGUACUAUCGUAUGAUAUGUCUACUCUCUAUCACCGGCCUGCUUGCUGCAUUUCACCUAGGCAACUCGCAACACCGCAGGAAGAAUACACUGUCAUCUGUACGUAGAGACCGUGCUGUAUCCAGACUGCGUGCCAACUUCCUAGAAUUGCUUCGGUCGUGUGGAAAAUCACGGACACUCUACAAAAAUGGUAACUUUCUUGUGUGUAUUCUAAUCAGCAACAUGGCUGCGUUGGGAUCCAGUCUACCAAUGGUCGUAGCUGCACACCGAGCCGAACUGCUGGGUGUGAGGGACAAUGAAAUCUACGUGCAAACGUCGUACUUGGGCUACGGGAGUAUAGCUGGAUCAUUGUGCUACACGCUAUGUGCUUGGCAUGGACGGCGACGCAUUAGCAAUACUGUUCGAAUUGGAGUAAUCUUUAUGGCAAUGGGAUUGACAAUAGCUCUGAGUUCCCUGAUCAAAACAAAGGCUGAUUUGAUCGUCUGCAAUGUUAUUUACAUGAUGUUUCGCACGUCGUCUACGGCUGGUUGGGGACCGUUCAUCAGCGACGUAGUCCCUUCAGAACACACUGCGCUGGCGUAUGGGCACCUAAAUAUAGUGUGCGCUCCAGUUGUCUUCCUUGGCCCUCCGCUGGCAGGAUUUGUAUUUGACAAGACGAACAGCUAUGCCCUGCCAUGUGUUGUUGGUGGAGUUGUCAUUGCCUCGUCCGGCAUCAUUGCCUUCCUUGUUGAAGUUCGCAUCCGGCAAUUACGGAAACGGUCUGGCCCUUCAGCUGGUAGUUCACUGGCUACUGCACGCCCUGUCAGGUAGAAUUGGAUCAACCCAGCAAGACUUGGCUUGUGACUGUACAGUUUCCAAUGACAAACUGGUACUGACAAACCAUCUAUUAUAAAUGCAAAAUUAAUAUUGCCCAUGUCAGUUGAAGUGUCUAUUUUUAUUACAGUAAAACUCCCCUAAUCUGGAUGCACCCAACUCAGGUACGUCCGUCUGCCGGAUACUUUUCAGACCCAUCUUGAGUGACCGUAAAAAUUGGCUUUUAAACGAAAAAUGGUCCCAAAAAUUA